AUGGAGAAAGUAACAACAGCAGCCGCAACAACAGAAAUCUUGGACGGGCCUGGUUUGGACACAAUGUACGCUGUCAUCACAGAAAUUGUAACAGUUAUUUCACCUGUUUUGACGGACGAGAAUAGAAUGGUAUCGAGUGAUGCACCGAUAUCAAGUGAAGAUUCCACCAUCUCCAUUACAACUGAUAGCUCUGUCGAGACUGGGAACACCAUACAACUCCCCAUCUUUCCUCCUUCUCCCCUGUACCUAUUUCUCCUGAAAGCUUUCUUCAUCGGGCUGGUGCUCGUGAUCACCAUCAUCGGCAACACGCUGGUGUUGGUCUCGUUUGCCACCACCAGAAAACUCCAGACCUACACCAAUUAUUACCUGGUGGGGCUAGCAGUGGCUGACUUAGUCAGCGGUGGGGUCACCCCAGCGCUGCUGAACGUCACGUUCAUGAUCGGCUACUGGCCGUUCGGCCCUGUAAUCUGCCGGGUUUUUAUUUAUCUCAACACCGUCUUCGUCCACGCUACUUUCCUCCUAACUUUCAUCAUCUGUGUGGACAGGUACAGAGCCAUGAGCAGGCCGCUGAAGCAUCUCAAGGAGAAGACCAGGAAUCAUGCCUUGAAGAUGAUCCUUCCGGGGUUCCUGGUACCGUCCUUGCUCUGGGCAGUCGUGAUACUGAUCCUCCCCGAAUGUGGCGUCUUUACCCCACUGCCGCCCUACGCUUGUCACAUCCCGUACGCGAGCAACAAAAUUGUUCUCCUAAUAUCCUCCCUCUUUAUCUCCUGGGUUCCGAUCAUUGGUACGUCGAUCCUCUACGCGUGCAUCUAUUUCGGGAUCAUCCGUAAGCGCCCCGCCAGGAGAUCCACGUCCCUGAAAGAGAGAAAUUCCGCCAGUGUGGUUGAAAGUGACCCGGGCUCCGUGCCUGACCUGCCCAAAGAGCGGGAAUUGGUGGACGGCGACGGCGACUGCAAAGCCAGAGAAAAGGGUGAAAACACCGAUGAAGAUACAUGUACAUGUGCUACGAUUAUUAUAGAGUGUGUGUGGUUUUUAUGUUGGUGA